CAUACAAGAUGAGGAAGACCCCCUGCUUCAGAGCCAGACUUAAAUUGACUUGCAGACUGAUACAUACAUCGUCUUUCCCUCUCCUCGAUUUCUUGAUCAGUCUUCCUGUUAGCACUCUCACUACUAGACCACGAGCAAGCCAGGUGGUACAUAUAAAAGGAGAGGCGUUGGUUUUAUGAGGUUAUAUAGCUGAACCGAAGCUCAGCAGUCUACAAUUCCUGAGAGCUCGCUCGUCGUCCGAUUCAAGAGAAUCCUGCUCAACUUAUACGCCAGCCGAUUAUCUGCCUUCUUCUCCUCGCUGCCAUCGGCCGGAACAAGAUGACAUUUCUGAAGAAGGCGACUGAAAAAUUGAAGGAAGUUCAAGCGACCUCGAUGGAAAAGUUCGGGGAGGCGAAAGCCAAGUUCCCAAACCAUCAGCACUCCAGCGCUCAACAUCCGAUUGGCGGCCCAGGGGCGUUCAACGACCAGCAGUCGUUCUGCCCGAACCCGGAUACCAGCUCUGGAGGAGCGGUGAAUAACAAGGGCCGGUUCAUCAUCAGAAAUCCGGCGACUGCUCAACUGGAAGUCGAGGGGACCGGUGAAGUAGUCCGGUUUGCAAGUCUGUGCGCACCCGAUCUGUUCGACAGCGAGAGCUUCGAAAAGGAGGACACUAUGCGGACGAUUGCCCAGUCCGGGAAAUGGCCGGUGACCCUCACCUAUACCCUCAAAGUCAAAUCACCCGAAUCUCGAGAGGGCACAUCAACGGAUGGGACCCAGAUGUAGAAGAUUUCCUCUACGACGAAGACAUGUUUGUUUCGAUCGACCAUACCAUCGCAUUGGCUGCUCAGUACAACGUCCGACUGAUCAUCCCCAUCAUCAACCAAGACUUCGGCUCGGAAGAUACGAACUGGGUCGGAAACUUCACCGAUCUGAUUCGCCAUCGCCGAGGCCAUCGCAAAGACUGUCAUGGUCAGGAUUGGUGGAGAGAUGAAGAGUGCUUGGACUCGAUGAAGAAGAUUGUGAGCUUCCUACUCAACCGAGUCAACACCUUCACCGGAGUCCGGAUCGGCGACGACCCAACCAUUCUGGCUUUUGAGACCGGUAACGAAAUGAAUUGUGGAGGGCUGCGUCCAGCCCCGGGCGACUGGACCCUCGAAAUCGCUCGCCACAUCAAGAGCCUCGCCCCGAGGGCCUUAGUCAUGGACGGCUCCUUUGCCCGCACCGACGCGAUCGAACACAGUCACGACCAUCAAGCCCUUCGAAGCGAGCUGGUCGACAUCAUCAGCUGGCACUACUACGGCUAUGGAGAAAAGCGACGAGUCGAGGAGGACGUCAAGGCAGCACGGGCACACGGUACCGCAUUCAUUUGUGGCGAAUACGGCUUCUUUGCCCAUGGUCGAGAGUUUGAAUCAUUCUUGAAACAUUGUGAUCGACACGGUGCCUGCGGGACCCUAGCCUGGUCUCUGCGUCCCCACUCGGCCAAGGGGGGCUUCAAAACCCAUGGCGAAGGCAACGACAUAUGGUCGUACCAUGCACCCGGCUGGAAGCCGGCCCGUCUGUCCACAGGCCACCAUCCAGAAUGGGACCACAGGGAACGCGACGUCAUUCGGGCGAUCCGCAAGGCCGCCUUCGACCUAACCAACCAGAAGCCCCCGCCGAUCCAGCCCGAGCAUCCACCCGAGCUGUUCCUAUGUUCAGACGGCGAGAGCUUCACCUGGAGAGGCGUUGCUUGGGCGGACUAUUACGAGCUGUGGUUGAGUCCCGUUGGCCAAGGCGAGCAGGAAUGGAAGUUCUUCCAGGGCGGGAUCACCGAUAACAUCAAGGAAGGACACCUCAAAUACUGUGCUGCUAACAUCCUUAGACUCAAGCGUUGUAAUAGUUUGUGGAUCAUCAUGAGGGGCAUCUCUGCCGAUAAGCUUCCCGGCCCGUUCUCUCAACCCUUGCAAAUCGGAGGAUCUUAAAUCUUUUCCGGUAACCUUGGACCCUUCUCACUCAGUUACUUCAAAAUCAAGCUAUUCAAAUUAAUCUUUUAUCCUUGAUUGUACAUCGGACACUAGGCAUUGGCCCACUACAUACCAAGCAUACAAGAAUCCACUCUGCUCAAGUUUGAUACCCUCCAUACAUGUUUUCUUUUAUUUACAUGAAAAAAAUGAAUGAAUAAUACAUGCACUAAUUUCAAUUGUUGGUCCCUCCAUGAGGACCCUGGUGAGCCUCAACCAAGCCUAC